AUGGCAAUGCAGACGUCGCUACCAGCCUUGCUGGACUCAUUAACACAGUCGUUGACAUCCGCCCUCGAAGCAACGCCCAAGCUUGCUGGAGUCGAACCUCCCAAAGAUGGAGUGUCUCUUUUGGAUGUUAAGAACGAGCUCCUGCUCUCCUACCUCCAGAACCUUGUCUUCCUCAUCAUUCUAAAGAUUCGAAACGCGAAGAAGUCAGAGUCAGACUCCGACGAGGAUAGUUCAGAUCUGUCAGGUACUGUGGUCCAAAAACUAGUCGAGCUUAGACUGUACCUGGAGAAGGGCGUUCGACCACUGGAAGAAAAACUACGAUUCCAGCUCGAUAAGAUCCUACGAGCAGCGGACACGGCAGAUCGCAACGCACAAGCUGAAAAGGCGAAUGCUUUACUGAAGCAAAGAGACGGCGAGGCUCAGUUUGGCUCAGACGACGAAGGGGGGCAUGAAGGAGCUCCAUUAGGAGCAGCAAUGAAUCCCGAAGACAAAAAAAUAGCUCCAGGCUUCACCUUCAGCCGCUCUACCGCGCCUGUUGGCAUGGCGGCUGCCGUCACCGACAAGACCGGCAUCUAUCGACCUCCCAAGAUUGCCCCCACCGUGAUGCCUACCACGGAGCGUCGUGAAGCCCGGGAACGUCGGCCCAUGAAUUCGGCCACGAUGGACGAGUACAUCGCAAAUGAGAUGUCGACUGUGCCGGUUGCCCAACCCAGUGUAGGCACGACAAUCGUUGCAGGGGGUCGCCAGAUCAAGACAGCCACUCAGCGGGCCGAAGAGGACAGGCGUCGCGACUACGAAGAGACGAACUUCGUUCGUUUGCCAAAGGAGAGUAAGAAACAGCGUUCCCAAAGGAACAAGGCAGAGGGACGCAGCAGCAACAUGCAGUUCGGUGGAGAAGAUUGGCGCGCCUUGGGCGAAGGUGUUGAUCGGAUUGGGAGGCUGACGAGGAAGAAGGAGGGUGGUGGCAAAGGCACGAAAGCAUUGCUUGAGAAGAGUCGGAAACGCGGUCGGGAUACUACAGACAGCAAUCGGGGUAGUGGUCUCAACGAGGGCACCAGAGAGAUUGGCGAUCGGUUCCAGAAACGCCUCAAAGUCAUGGAGGGAGGACGAAGAGAUCGCGGCAAGAGAUAG